UCUUUUCGUUUACUCUUCCUCCAACGCAAACAAACAAAAGCAUUCCACACGCUCUCUCUAACCCUCUCUCUGCAAGAAUUUCAGAAUAAAUUUUUCGUUUUUUGAUCUUUUUCCUUUACUUACACUGUCCAUCUCUUUCUGUUUCUGACACCAAACCUAUCUUUGAGUCCAAGUUUACCCCAUUUUUGGGCUUCUUUUGAACUUCACUCUUUGAUGUUCCAGUGGAUUUGCCUUGCAUGGGUUGUUAUUUUUAUUGAACCAUAUAUUCACCCUUGAGCUUUCUAUUUUUCGUGUUUUCUUAAUUUUUCCUUUUCAAUAUCAAGAAUCUUCUUUUCUACUUUAAUUCUUUUUUUGUUCUUUGAUAAAGAAUUAUGACACCCACACUGUGCUCUUUCUUUAACUGUUUGGAUUUUUUUCGCAUUUAAUGUUGUGGGUCUUUUUAUAUUUUGAUUCCUAUCGAGUUUCUUGAAAAGUUCUAUUUGAUGGGUUCUUUAAGCUCAUGAGAGUGUAGCUUUGCGUGUAUGAUGAGUAGAAGAAAAAUGGGAGUUUUUGCUUCAUUUCAAGUUCUUUUGCUCUGUUUAAAACUCUUUCUUGCACUCAGUGAUGCAUUUCCAGUAAAUGAAGUUGAGGCUUUAACAUCCUUCAAGAGGGCUAUAAUUGAGGACCCAUUACUGGUUUUGUCAAAUUGGAACCCUCUGGACUCAGAUCCUUGUGACUGGACUGGCAUUUCUUGUUCUAUGGCUAGAGAUUAUGUCAUAAAGCUUAACUUAUCGGGGGCAUCUUUAAGGGGUUUCAUUGCACCGGAAUUGUAUCUACUAUCAACUUUGCAAGAAUUAAUUUUGCGUGGGAAUUUGCUAAUUGGUACAAUACCUAAGGAAAUUGGCAUGUUGAAAGACCUCAAGGUCUUGGAUUUGUCUUCAAACCAGCUUACAGGAGCAAUUCCUCCCCAGAUUGGAAAUUUAAGUGGUGUUAUGAAAAUAAAUCUUCAAUUCAACGGGUUGACUGGAAAGUUGCCUUCUGAGCUUGGAAACUUGAAAUACCUUGAAGAACUUCGACUUGAUAGGAAUAAGCUUCUGGGGACCAUCCCUGCUAGCAAUGGCUCAGCAUAUCCAUCCAACACUCGUGGAACGUAUGCUUCAAGUAGCCGCCCAAUGGGUUUCUGUCUAUCAUCUCAAUUAAAAGAUGCUGAUUUCUCAUAUAACUUUUUUGUUGGAAGCAUUCCUGAGUGCUUGGGGUUUCUUCCUAGAACAAGUUUUCAAGGAAAUUGCCUCCAGGAUAAAGAAAUCAAACAGCGUUCUACAGCACAAUGUGGUGGUGCUUCACCUGCUAAAAACCAUCCAGUAGUUAACACCAAGCACCGGCCUGUAGAAGACAGAUCCAAACAUCAAGUUAAUUCGCCGAGGCCUGCAUGGCUUUUGGCUCUUGAAGUAGUGACAGGAGUUAUGGUGGGUUCUCUCUUUGUCAUUGCUAUGCUCACUGCAGUUCAGAAGUGCAAGAGCGAAUCUUCUAUCAUUAUCCCUUGGAAGAAAUCUGCAAGUGAGAGGGACUACACAACGAUUUGCAUAGAUUCUGAAGUAUUGAAGGAUGUAGCAAGAUACAGCAGACAAGAACUUGAGGUAGCCUGUGAAGAUUUCAGUAACAUCAUUGGAUCCUCUCCAGAUAGCCUGGUAUACAAAGGCACCAUGAAAGGUGGGCCCGAAAUUGCUGUUAUAUCCCUUUGCAUCAAAGAAGAUCAUUGGUCGGGCUACCUCGAGCUUUACUUCCAGAAAGAGGUGGCAGAUUUGACAAGACUAAAUCAUGAAAACACGGGAAAAUUGUUAGGGUAUUGCUCAGAAAGCAGUCCAUUUACUAGGAUGCUGGUGUUCGAAUAUGCAUCAAAUGGAACACUUUAUGAGCACCUUCACUAUGGAGAAGGAUGUCAAUUAUCUUGGACACGGCGUAUGAAAAUUAUUUUAGGCAUCGCAAAGGGACUGAAGUACCUGCAUGAGGAACUUGAUCCACCAUUUACAGUAUCUGAAUUGAAUUCUAGUGCUGUAUAUCUUACUGAUGAUUUUUCUCCCAAGCUGGUUGAUUUUGAGAGCUGGAAGACUAUUCUGUCACGAUUGGAGAAGAGCUCGGGUGCCAUCAGUAGUGAAGGUGCUGUCUGUGUUCUUCCAAAUUCUUUGGAAGGGCGUCAUCUUAAUAUCCAGGGCAAUAUCUAUGCAUUGGGGGUGAUUUUACUGGAAAUAAUCAGCGGGAGACCUCCAUACUGCAAAGAUAAAGGGUGCUUAGUGGAUUGGGCUAAAGAAUUUCUAGAAAUACCUGAUGUCAUGUCAUAUGUAGUGGAUCCUGUGUUGAAACAUUUCAGAUACGAGGACCUGAGGGUGAUAUGUGAAGUGGUAAAUCUUUGUACCCGUCCAGAGUCAAGCACCAGGACCUCCAUGCAGGACUUGUGCUCCAUGUUGGAAAGUGGUAUUGACACUUCUGUACCUGCCGAUCUCACAGCAUCUGCUUCUCUGGCAUGGGCCGAGCUUGCACUUUCUUCAUAACAGAAAUAGAGCUAACACCUGCAAAUAGUAGCAAUACUUGUUUUAGGUUUAAACCUUUUUCGUCUUCUUUUUGAUCUUCUCUGAUGUCCAUUGAAAUGUCUUCUUGUAAUCUCUUAUGGUGUAUGAAAUGUAGGGUUUCUGGUGGUAAACCUUGGUGCUUGCUAUAUUCAGAGCCUGAGUUGUGAUGGAUCUUUAGAAAGUGAAUUAAGGCCUUAUUCAUGGCUGUUCUCAUA